UCGCCCUCCCGACCGUUGCGACCCCAAAAAUUCCCCUCCUUCAGAUCCUUCCCGUUCCAAGCAGCCGCGCACGAGACGAGACCGCCGCUGCCGCCGCGCACUCGAGCCGCUCGGCGCCGAGAACCACCCAAUCGCAGCUUCCACCUCCGCCACCCAUGGCCGACUCCAGCGCUCUCGUCGUCUCCGGCGCCGGGUCCGGGGCCGCGCGGCAGCAGCAGCAGCACCCGCUGAGCCAGAUCGCGGCGAGCGGGACGCACCGGCUGCUGCUGAAGCAGUGGGUCAAGGAGGAGGACCUGCUGGCGCGCCGCGUCGCGCUGCGGGAGGCCCGCCUCGACGGCGCGCGCAAGGAGAUCGCCUUCCUCUACUGCGCCUUCUUUGCCUUUCACGCCGCCUCCGUCCUCCUCCUCUUCCUCUCCUCCGCCUCCGCCGGAUCGCCGUCCCCCGCCGCGUGCAGGAGGUCCUGGAUCCCCUGCCUCGUCUCGCUGCUCUCGUCCCUCGCCAUGCUCUGGGCGCUGCGGUACAAGUCCGACACGGAGGCCGUCCUGGAGCGCCUCCUCGCGCGGGAGCGGGAGGACGCGCUGCUCCUCGGCAGGUGCGUCUCCGAGCUCAAGCGCAAGGGCCUCGACUUCGACCUGCUCAAGGAGGUGGACGCGCUGCGAAGGGCCAAGAGCCUCCGAGUCGAGGCCAAGGGAGCCGAGAAGGCCAGGCGCUGGCAGGCCAGGGACCUCGCCGUCUUCGCGCUCUUCGCCGCCGCAUGCGGGGUGCUCGUGCUCACCAGGUUCCUGCUCUGUAAUUAGACGAGAUUACGGGAAGAACCGGGGAUCACGUGAUGAUUGAAUUGCCUCCUUGGCGCUGUUCUUGACUACCAUUGCUUUGCUGGAUGAGGAUGAAGGGCCCUGUCAUUCUUGGCAGAACUGUUUGUUCUGCGAAUUUUGGUGUUGGAUUUUAUCUGUUUGUAAUAAGGAAAUAUGUGAUGCGUCAGGUUUUAUCUGUGUUUCUGAUUGUAACAGAGAGGGAAAAUGCUCUCUCAGUAUUAUGAUACUACGACAAAGAUGAUGUUAAUCCUACUUCGUUGGCCAAAAUGUUUAACUGCCUCGUUGCUUGAGGCAGAAUUUGCAA